CAUGCCCAUUAGUGGUUCUUAAGGGGUUCAUGGGCUCGGGUUCAUAGGGCCGGAAGAGAAAAAAAAAUAGAAAAAUGGGCUAAUUAGCGUGACCCGUCUCUUAGCGGUGAUCCGUCCGUAGCGGAGUUCAAGGCACGUGUCACGCUGAGAUUGGGCCCGUGUUUUCGAGUUGAAGCGGAGUAAUUCGCGAAACCUUUCAUUUUCUUUUAUUCCGCAAAAGCUAGGGUUUCUUUCUCGUCUAGGCGAUUCAGAGGCGAUUCUCGUGCGACGCCGAUUCCCGGAGCUUUUCACCAUCAAAUCGACGACGAACGGUUUCCUCCACGAGCUCAGAUGGAUCCCGCAGCAGAGAGAAGAGACAUGAAGAGGAACAUUGAGUACAACAAUAGCUUGCAAUAUGUGGCUGAUUCGGAGUACGGGAUACCGACAAGGUGUUACUGUGGUGGGAGAAUGAUUGACGAGGUUCAGGGGAAGGAGGAGAGAGACACUUUUCCUGGGAAGCGCUUCUUCACAUGCAUAAACUACCAGGCUGAUGGGCUCCAUUAUCGUCAGCCUUGGGUUCACGGUGUCCAGGAGGAGAUCGAGAAGCUCACUAACCGCCUGCAGGCGGCUGAGAAGGUGAUCAAGGAGGUGCCCAUCCUCAGUCAACAGAUUGAGUCACUUGAGGAACAGGUUAAGAGGCUCUCUGGCCAGGUUGAUGUUCUCAGUGUCAAAGUCGCUGACCUGGAGAUGGUCUGCUUCGAUUGAAAAGCAAAGGUCACGGGCUGGAGUUGAAGUUGUAUGGCAGGAAGGGAAUGCACAUGUUUAUUAGCUUUAUGGUUGUUGUGUUUCACGGGAAAGUGUAGAAUUUUGUUUCUUUCUACACUUCAUUUCAAUUAACUUGUUUUGUUUCUUUGUACUUUGUACUUUGUACUUCAUUUCACGGGCAAUGUAGUGUCUUGACACUGCCAACUCUAUAUAUAUCGGCAAUGUAGUGUAUCGGCUUUACCACUCCUCUCUGC